AGAAUCCAAGUUUAAAGUGCUGGAAACAUCCAGGGUUGCUCCACCUAUUUAGUAUUUAUACAGAACGAAUUGUAUGUGAUCACCCAAUUGGUCGCUUGCUCUUGUUCAAAGGUUUCAAGUGCCAAAGAAGACAAUGUCACCUGCGCUGUCCCUGUCUCUCUCUCACCUCCCUCUGUGCAAAUCCCAAGACAGCAUCCCAAAGGAGAGUCCCCAUCUCAGGAUCAGCUCCACUGCCCAAAACCCAUGUCGGAAAUCUUCUUCCGACACCAACGUCAGCAGGAGGAAGCUGUUCUCAACUGCAGCUUCAACAGUUCUUGGCCUAGGAACUUCUGGUCCUGGGCCUGUGAGAGCAGAGCCCGUGAGCCCCAUCGAGUCCGCCUCGAGCAGGAUGUCCUACACCAGGUUCCUGCAGUACCUGGACGAAGGCGCCGUGAGGAAGGUGGACUUGUUCGAGAAUGGGACCGUCGCCAUUGCGGAGAUCUACAACCCCGCCCUGGACAAGGUCCAGAGGGUGAAGGUUCAGCUACCAGGGCUCCCGCAGGAGCUGCUCAGGAAGAUGAAGGACAGGAACGUUGACUUGGCGGCUCAUCCUAUGGAGGUCAGCAUGUGGCCGGCGAUCCUCGAUCUGUUGGGGAACUUGGCUUUCCCGUUGCUACUCCUAGGGAGUUUGCUGUUGAGGAGCUCGUCUUCGAACAAUCCUGCAGGACCCAAUUUGCCCUUCGGACUUGGAAGAAGCAAGGCCAAGUUUCAGAUGGAACCGAACACAGGAAUCACAUUUGACGAUGUGGCCGGGGUCGACGAGGCAAAGCUGGACUUCCAGGAGAUUGUGGAGUUCUUGAGGAUGCCGGAGAAGUUCGCAGCCGUGGGAGCGAAGAUCCCCAAAGGAGUUCUUUUAGUAGGGUCACCGGGGACGGGGAAGACCUUGUUGGCCAAGGCCAUUGCAGGAGAAGCUGGGGUCCCUUUCUUUUCGCUGUCUGGGUCAGAGUUCAUCGAGAUGUUUGUCGGCGUAGGUGCUUCGAGGGUACGAGACCUGUUCAACAAGGCGAAGGCGAAUUCCCCUUGCUUGGUCUUCAUUGAUGAGAUAGAUGCUGUCGGGAGGCAGAGAGGGACUGGGAUUGGAGGAGGAAAUGAUGAGAGAGAGCAAACACUAAAUCAGUUGCUCACGGAGAUGGAUGGUUUUAGUGGGAACCGUGGAGUGAUUGUAAUCGCGGCAACAAAUCGUCCCGAAAUCCUCGAUUCCGCCUUGCUCAGGCCAGGAAGGUUUGAUAGACAGGUAAGUGUUGGACUGCCAGAUAUAAAGGGAAGGGAAGAGAUACUGAAGGUGCACAGCAAAAACAAGAAGCUGGACAAGGACGUCUCUCUCAGUGUGAUUGCCAUGCGAACGCCGGGAUUCAGUGGUGCUGACCUGGCGAAUCUAAUGAACGAGGCCGCAAUUCUUGCCGGGAGGAGAGGCAAAGAAAAGAUCACGCUGAAGGAGGUCGAUGACUCGAUCGACCGCAUUGUGGCUGGAAUGGAAGGAACCACAAUGGUGGAUGGAAAGAGCAAAAUGUUGGUCGCAUAUCACGAAGUUGGUCACGCUAUCUGCGCAACAUUGACGCCAGGACAUGACCCGGUACAGAAAGUCACUCUAAUUCCCAGAGGCCAAGCUCGAGGUCUCACGUGGUUUUUGCCUGGCGAGGAUCCUACCCUUAUUUCCAAACAGCAGUUAUUUGCAAGAAUCGUCGGAGGUCUAGGUGGCCGAGCCGCCGAGGAAGUCGUAUUUGGAGAACCAGAAAUCACCACUGGCGCAGCUGGAGACUUGCAACAGAUCACUCAGAUAGCGAGACAGAUGGUAACAACGUAUGGUAUGUCCGAAAUUGGGCCAUGGGCGUUGACCGAUCCAACAGUGCAAAGCAGUGAUGUUGUCCUGAGGAUGCUAUCAAGAAACUCCAUGUCGGAGAAACUGGCAGACGACAUUGACUCAUCAGUCAAGAAGAUCAUUGACAAUGCAUAUGAGGUCGCCAAGGCACAUGUAAGGAAAAAUCGGGAGGCCAUUGACAAGAUAGUGGAGCUGCUCCUAGAGAAGGAGACCCUUACAGGAGAUGAAUUCAGAGCGAUACUUUCGGAAUUUACAGAUGUUCCAAUCUACAACACUAGGACUCCUGUUAGGGAGAUGAUUGAGGCCUAGGAAACAAAACUAUAGUUGCACAUAAAGCAGGGAGAAAAGAACUUUUAAUUAUGUACUCUGACUAGAGGAAUGCAUAAAUAACAAGGUUUAGUUUCUUUA